CAUCAUGGCCUCCCUUCAACCCCGUGGCUGGAUCUCAGCCUGGUUCCUCUUGACCCUCCCAGUAAUCAUCUAUGAUGCUACAUAUUGCUUCUUCAGACCCAGGUCCAUGGUGGGCGGAGACUUGCAUUGGAUCUGGAAGGUCUAUGAAAUAUGGGAGGAUAUUGACCAUAUUUACGGCGUACCCUCGUUCCAGAGCGGUGAUGGUUUCACCAACGCACAGUCCUUUGUCAACAUGCUUGAGCAAAUAGGAGGGAUUGCAUACCUCUACCUCGCACACGUCGCGCAGUCUCCCGCAGCCCCGGUCGUGGCUUUCGGGACCGUUAUCUCCACCCUCUCGAAAACCGUUCUCUACUGGGCUCAGGAAUAUUACUGCGGCUUCUGCGCUAUCGGACACAACGGAGUUCCCCAAUUGAUUUUGUGGGUCAUAUUGAACGGAAUAUGGAUUGUUGUGCCAGCUAUCAUCUCUGUCCAACUCUAUCAAGAUUUGGCGAAGAGUCUGCGCGUGGCCGCAAGAGCUGAAGCCUCGACGAAGAAAUCGAAGUACAACUAACUCUUUCGGAAACUUACCAUUAAUGCUGUCGAUGUAGCGCGGUCUGUUGAACUGGGUUCGUCAAUUAAAUCGUAUUACCUUGACUGCUAUAGUGCGAAGGUGCUAAUACUACAUUGGAGUUGAAAGAA